CGCUAUUCGUUAGCGACUGGCAAUUGGGGCGACCAGAAGAAGGCGCAUACGGCCAGAGCUGGUGUCUCACAGGUGUUGAAUCGACUGACAUAUGCCUCAACUCUUUCCCAUUUACGUCGUGUGAACUCUCCGAUCGGAAGAGACGGCAAACUCGCAAAACCGCGUCAAUUACACAACACUUUGUGGGGAAUGAUAUGUCCGGCGGAGACACCCGAAGGACACGCCGUCGGACUCGUCAAGAACUUGGCUCUAAUGGCGUACAUUUCGGUCGGUUCUCAACCCUCACCUAUACUUGAGUUCUUAGAGGAGUGGUCGAUGGAAAACCUCGAAGAGAUCGCACCGUCAGCCAUAUCCGAGGCCACGAAGAUCUUUGUGAACGGCUGUUGGGUUGGCAUUCAUAGAGAGCCCGACCUAUUGAUGAAUACAUUAAGGAAACUGAGGCGUCAAAUGGAUAUUAUUGUAUCCGAAGUAUCGAUGGUUCGGGAUAUCAGAGAUCGAGAGAUCCGUAUUUAUACCGACGCCGGAAGGAUAUGUCGUCCGCUUCUGAUCGUUGAGAACCAGAAAUUGUUGCUUAAGAAGCGUCACAUAGAAAUGCUUAAAGAGCGGGAGUAUAACAGCUAUAGUUGGCACGAUUUGGUGGCCUCAGGUGUUGUCGAGUAUAUCGAUACUCUCGAAGAGGAGACUGUAAUGAUUGCGAUGACACCCGACGACCUCCAGGACAGUGAGAUGGCCUACUGUUCCACUUAUACCCACUGCGAGAUUCACCCGUCGAUGAUAUUAGGCGUUUGCGCCUCUAUUAUCCCGUUUCCCGAUCACAACCAAUCGCCUCGUAAUACAUACCAAUCAGCUAUGGGCGUUUGCGCCUCUAUUAUCCCGUUUCCCGAUCACAACCAAUCGCCUCGUAAUACAUACCAAUCAGCUAUGGGUAAGCAAGCGAUGGGCGUCUAUAUCACCAAUUUUCACGUCCGAAUGGACACAUUGGCUCACGUCCUGUAUUAUCCGCAAAAACCAUUGGUCACCACCCGAUCCAUGGAAUAUCUGCGCUUCAGAGAACUUCCGGCCGGUAUUAACGCGAUUGUGGCGAUUGCCUCGUAUACGGGCUAUAAUCAGGAGGACUCUGUCAUUCUGAACGCGUCGGCCAUCGAUCGCGGAUUCUUCCGAUCCGUGUUUUACAGGUCUUACAAAGACUCGGAACAGAAGCGAAUGGGCGAUCAGGAGGAACAGUUCGAACGGCCCACUCGUGACACCUGUCAGGGCAUGAGAAAUGCCAUUUACGACAAACUCGAAGACGACGGCAUUAUAGCGCCCGGAACUCGUGUGUCCGGCGAUGACGUGAUUAUCGGGAAAACAUCAUUACUGCCCGAAAACGAGGACGAAUUGGAGGGACAGAUCAAGAGAUACACAAAACGUGAUUCCAGUACUUUCUUGCGCAACAGUGAGACAGGUAUUGUUGAUCAGGUGAUGAUCACAAUCAACAACGAUGGUUAUAAGUUCUGCAAAAUACGCGUCCGUUCCGUACGUAUACCACAAAUUGGCGAUAAGUUUGCUUCAAGACAUGGACAGAAGGGAACGUGUGGUAUAGCCUAUAGGCAAGAAGAUAUGCUGUUUACGUGCGAAGGCAUUACACCGGACAUCAUAAUCAAUCCGCACGCCAUCCCAUCCCGUAUGACAAUCGGGCAUUUGAUUGAAUGUCUUCAGGGAAAGGUUUCGGCCAAUAAGGGAGAGAUAGGAGACGCCACUCCUUUCAACGAUACCGUUAACGUACAGAAGAUCUCCGAUUUGCUUCACGAAUAUAACUAUCAAUUGCGAGGCUAUGAAGUGAUGUACAACGCGCACACCGGACGCAAAGUCAGCGCUCAGGUGUUCAUCGGUCCCACUUAUUACCAGCGCCUAAAACAUAUGGUCGACGAUAAGAUCCACUCGAGAGCCAGAGGACCCGUUCAGAUACUGGUUCGACAGCCAAUGGAGGGCAGAGCGCGCGACGGAGGCCUCCGUUUCGGUGAAAUGGAGAGAGACUGUCAGAUAUCUCACGGCGCGGCGCAGUUCCUGAGGGAGCGCUUGUUUGAGGUGUCGGAUCCCUAUCGCGUCCAUAUCUGCAACUUGUGUGGACUCAUAUGUAUCGCUAACCUAAGGAACAAUACGUUUGAGUGCAAGAACUGUCGCAACAAAACCCAGAUAUCGCAGGUGCGGGUGCCGUACGCCUGCAAACUGCUCUUCCAAGAGCUCAUGUCGAUGCAGAUCGCGCCCAGAAUUGUGGAUUCGUUCAAAUUGUUCGCUUCCGACCAAAUGUGUGGCCGAAUCGUAAUCAUUGAUAUCAUUGAACAUCGACUUCAGGACUCGAAGGUGUCGAGUGUCGACGAUAUGAUGAAAUCGCACGAAGACUACAUCCAGAAGUGUUUGCGCGACGCUAUGCUUACAUCUGGCGAACUGUUGAGAGCUAUCGUUCAGUUACUCAGACUUUGUAUUGAUUUCUCCACAUUUAUGAAAGACUCUCAGUGCCAUUCAACACAAUACGAACUCUUGGGAUCUACUCAAGUGUUUGAGUGCCAUAACAACCAAAGAGAUAUCUGUGUUAACAUUAAGGAGAGCAAAGAGUUAGAUAUCAGUUUCGAAGAUCACAUCAGUUCUCUGCAAACAGAGUUUGAUAUGUUUUUACAUGAAUUACUCGAUGCCAUCAAACUUCAAACUCAAGAGAGUUAUACAAUGAUUCCUGUCUUGAAUCGUCUGGAUUUCAAUGGCUUUUAUCAAUCAUUUGAGUCGAAGAAUGAUUACCAAAUGUAACAUAUCUGCCAUCAACUCAUCGCAAGACAUCAUUUCAUCACAUUUACUGUUAUAGCAAUAGAUCUGAGAUCAGAACAAAUCUAUGGAUAAUCUGAUUGAAACAUUUUUAUACAGUAUUCAAUAGUUUUCUAAAUACAUAUAUAUUUGUCUAGUCUUUAGCCAAAUAUCAUAUAAUUCUAAC